AUGGAUAUGCCAGGAAAGCCCAUCGGAAACUCGACUGGUGGCACCAAGGUCACCACCGACCCAGCCAGCAGCAUCCCCCAUCAAGAAGGUCCCGGCGCCGUUACCAACGACUCUCUCGCCGGCGAAUCCGUCCGACAAGGCGGCGCAUUCUCCCAAAACCCCAACAGCGAGCCCUUGAGCGUCUCAGGCUCUAACUCCACCUUUAACAACACCGACACCUCUGACGCCACCACCCUCCGAUCAGCAGCACAGGCCGCAGACCGUGACAUAGAUCGCAAGGAGCGAUACCCAGAUGCUCUAGGAGGCCAGGGCCAAUACCCCGGUGCUCACAUACCAGAAUCUGGAUAUGCAGGUGGCUCAACACAGGCCAAGCGUGAGCUUGGUAUUGGCGGCCAUCAGCAUCAAUAUAACACCACUGAGCGUGCCGCUGCUGCUGAAGCCGGUGGCAGCGCCGGUUUCCGUAGCGAACACAACGGCGGUACAGCACCAAGCUACAUCACACCCGUCGUCCAGAACGUGGGCAACACCAAACCAAAUGGCGUCAACAUCAAAGAAGGGGGCUUCGACAGCAACCCCAAGAACAACGCCAGCUUCAACUCGGAUAUCGGCACCAACAUGGAUCCUGGUCGUCUCGCUGAGCAGAAGUUCCAGAAGUAUACGGCCCAGAGUGGCGCAAAUGCUGGUUAUACGAACCCUACUGUGGAUGCAAAUCAACCUUAUGGAAAUUUGGGGUCUGACCAGCGUAUUUAA